ACUUAUGGCAUGAUCGAGAGCGCCAUCAAGAGUCUCGCUCUAAACAACUCAAAGUACAGGCAACAGUUAGUGAUAUUUGCGAUGGAUGACAUCGCUGGAAUGUACUUCAGAAGGAAAGAAGAAAGGAUGAAGAUAAAGGUGGAGGCCGAGGAAAAGUGCAGGAGGAUAUACAAGAUAGACGAUUUUCGAAAACGUUAUAUUAGUUGUGAAUGUAGGCCUAACAAUGACGUUGUUUUUAAGACCAUUCAAUACAGGCAUUUAUCAAAAAUUGAUGAUCAGAAACUAAUAGAUGAUCCAGCUAAAGAUGGCAUAAGCAGCAAAAACUGCGCUGGUGAAACAUUAACAAGCCAAGACCAACCCUUGUGUAUCAUUGUAUCGCACAAAUUACAUGAUACCCCUGCUCAGGGAGUUAUAACAACUCCCUGCCCUGCCACUUAUGAAGAUAACACAGGUGGGCGGCAAAGGCGACCAUUGCGAAUUUGUUACCGAUUGUUUCGACGCAUUUGGCGGUGGGCACGCAAGCGCAAACGCCAAAACAACAGAUCAAUUCAAGGUACCAAUAACCAACAAUAA